CCCGCCCGCCCUCCGCGGAGGAAGGACGGGCUCCGAAAUGGCGGCGCCGGAGGAGCGGCUCCUGUCGGACGGGGAAGGCGGCGCCCUGGGCUCGGCGCGGCUCUCCCCGCCCCCGGGCUCCGAGUCUCCCGAGGCUCUGGCGCCCUUGGAGCCGCCGCCUCAGAGCAACACGCUGAUGGGGCUGCCCAUCGUGGCGAUCGAGAGCAUCCUCGGCUUCCUGUCCUACGACGAGACGAGCCAGCUCCGCCUGGUUUGCAAGCGAAUGGACUUGGUUUGCCAGCGCAUGUUAAAUCAGGGAUUUCUGAAAGUGGAAAGAUACCACAACUUGUGUCAAAAGCAAGUUAAAGCUCAGCUUCCAAGACGGGAGUCAGAAAGAAGAAACCAUUCAUUAGCUCGUCAUGCAGACAUCCUUGCUGCUGUAGAAACAAGACUGUCUCUGUUAAAUAUGACUUUCAUGAAGUAUGUGGAUUCCAAUCUCUGUUGCUUCAUACCUGGAAAGGUAAUAGAUGAAAUUUAUCGUGUGCUAAGGUAUGUAAACUCUACUAGAGCUCCUCAGAGAGCUCAUGAAGUUCUUCAAGAACUAAGGGACAUUUCCUCCAUGGCUAUGGAAUAUUUUGAUGAGAAGAUUGUUCCAAUACUGAAAAGAAAGAUGCCUGGGUCAGAUGUAUCGGGACGUCUAAUAGGAACUGCCCCAGUUCCAGGGCCUUCUGCAGCACUGACAACAAUGCAGCUGUUCUCCAAGCAGAACCCUUCAAGGCAGGAAGUCACCAAACUGCAGCAGCAAGUAAAAGCAAAUGGCACAGGCCUGACAGCACUAAAGCGGGAAAUCUCAGAGCUCCGCGUCAAAGUGCAAGAGCAACAGAAACAACUUCAAGAUCAAGAUCAGAAACUGCUAGAGCAAACCCAAAUCAUAGGUGAACAGAAUGCCCGACUGGCUGAGCUUGAACGCAAGCUGCGAGAGGUGAUGGAGAGUACAGUAGGAAAUUCUUCAGGUUCCAGCUCAAAUGAACAAUCUCCUAGAAAAAGGAGGAAGGCAGUUGAAUCCACAGACUGUCCUAGGAAAUCUAAACGCCUUCGAAACAGAAAAUAACUUGGAAGUAAAUGACACCUGCAGGAGAAUACACUGCUUUAGUAGCCCAAGCAGGUCUGCUUGUUUGGAUUCUGUGACUAGUUUCAUGGUGUCACUUAGGCUGCUGGCUCUUCAAAACACCACUUACACUUGAACAGUAAUUUUCUUUCAUUGAGACUUUUCCCUUGCUUUCUGUAUGGGUGGGCCUAAUGCACAGGAUCUUUAAGAUUUGCGAUUAGAUACAUACUAACCAGACCUGCUCUUUUAUGUUCUGGAGGGUUAAUCUUUUUUUCUGUGCAGAUGUGUUUAAAGUAAACUUAUUUGUGUUUAUGCAUAUGUUCACAUAAAAUCUUAAAUUCAGUCUUAACUGACUAAAAGAGUUAAGCAUAAAAACAGAUGUCCUGUUCACUUGAAGGAAACAUCCGAUUUUAAAAUCUUGUUUUAGAGAACUUGACUUUUUUUGUUACAAGUGACCUUGUCUGGAAUGUCUGAAAAGUAGUUAAUACUUUUUGGGAAUCUCUCUGUAAUGAGUAUAACUGACUUCUCAAGCUACAAUAUUGGCUAUAUAUUUUUGUAAACUUACAAGGAAGGGCCUUCUACCCAGUCUUCAUGUGCACACAGCCUGGGUCUAGGUCUUGGGAGCCAUCUUCUACUUUUGCAUGGAUAGAUGCAUGUACAGCUUAGCCUGCUAAAAGCACUUGCCUGAGACUAUUCUUAACUUGGGGGAGAGUACAGUGACCUAUAAAGCAACUUAUAUGUUCCUGAGCCACAAUUUAGCAUCUGCUUUCAGCACAGCUGCAUUCAUACACUGAGGCAUCUUAUCAAGCUAGUUGCAGGAGAAUUUGAACCCAGGCUAUCUGCCACUUUGCUGCCUGUAAAUUGCAGGUAUUGUUAGCCAAAGCUGGAGUAUUGAAAAGCUGCCCAUGCAUUGUGUGAUACAUAGGCCAACAUCUAAGAAGUAUCAGACAAGUUGUCCCUACAGUAACAAAGCUCAGUGGAAGCUCCAUCCCUGGAAGCAUUCAAGGCCAGGUCGGAUGGGGCUCUGAGCAGCCUGAUCUAGUGGGAGUUGUCCCUGUCCAUGCAGGGGGGCUGGAAUUUGAUGAUCUUUAAGGUCCCUUCCAACUCUAACCAUUCUAUGAUUCUAUUCUAUGAUUCUAUGACUCCAUUUGAAUUAAAUGCUGUAUUAUGGAAAAAUUUAAACUAUUUUGUGUGUAUGUGUUGGGGGUGGGGUGGGAUGGAAGUUUCUCUGUAACACUGAUGACAAUGUUCUAAGCUUUCCUCAUCCUAAAACGUAAAUUACUUCAGACAAAGCUUUAAUUUCUUUUGCACUUCUGUUUUGAGCUUGUAACUGGAAAAGCAUGUCUUGCACUGUUCAGUCUGGUCACUUCAACAACCUCAGAGUUGUGUACAGUGAUUACUUUCCCCCGCCCUGUAUAUUUUUGGAACCUUAUACAAAUACCGUUGUCCUUGGUUUUGUUUAAUGUACUAAACUAUGUAGCUUUAU